GGCGGCGUUGCCUUCUGAUGAAGUAGUCUGCUAACUGCUUGAAAUGUAAGAAAAUUAGUGAUCCGAAGUUUGAAGUUGUUUUUACUUUGGAUUUAAUGAUUUGAUGGAAGGAGGGAAUAAUUUUUGAUGUAUGGAUGAACUUCUCAAAUUUCUAGUGUUGCUCAACCAAUCUAGAUAGAUUUCAGUGUGAACAACAUUAUGAGAAAUCCUCAUAGACUGAAGAGUACCACAAUUACAUUUCGUUCACAUCGAAGGAGAACUUGAAAGAGAAAUGAGUUUUCUACCCGUGCCUAUAACUACCUUUGAUGGAGGUCCAAUAGAAGAAUCCACUAGUCUAGCAUCUACUCUCCGUCAUCAGUUCCCGCAUGUAUUGCUCAUAGAGUGUAUGUUGGAAAGAAUGUGCGCCAUACACGAAACUGAUUCAGCUAAGCAAAAAGAACUGUAUGAUGCAAUAAGAAAAUACUUUAUAAGCUCUCGUCUUCUACCACCAACUGCUGGAUUCCCUGAAAUGGCAGGAGUGAGAUUGAAAAUUUCUUCAGACUUGAAUAAACUCUUUUGCCUUGCAAAACGUCAGAUAGCUACAAGUAGGCAAACACCUAUAACAGGUGGUUCAUUGGUUGUUGCAAAUCCAUCUCCAGUUGCUGGAAAUAUUUGGAGCUCAUCUGAUGGCAGUGAACAUUUGUUUACAUCGCGUUACCAGUUAGAUUUCAAAGAAAUGGAAUUUAUAGCAGCUGGUGGCUUCGGUGUUGUUUAUAAAGCUUACAAUUUUAUCGAUAACAUGGAAUAUGCAAUCAAGAAAAUUCUGAUCGGGCCAAAGUCUGCUGCCAAAAUUCUUCGUGAAGUGCAACUUCUUUCUCAACUUCAUCAUCCAAACAUAGUUGCGUAUAAGAGUGCGUGGCUGGAAUAUUGUCCAACACAAACAUUUCAUGAGAUCCUUCAGCAUAUGGAUGACAUAAGUACUUCUUCUCAAGACGACCGACUUUCCACAGUGAUAAGCUCUUCCCAAUCCCGUGAAAGAAUUCGAAAAUCAUCGUUUCUAGAUUCAUUUAGUAGUGAUAGUGUUGUUUUUGAAAGUGAAACUCCAACGAAUGUCUCUCCACUUGAAAGAUGUCCUCCACAGACUCCGAAUGGGAUCGUUCAGCAUGUUAAUGAUUUCAGUAUUUCGUCUCAACACAGAUCCACAGUAAAUAUUACCUCAUCCUUUUCCAGUAAUUGUGAAAUGGUUAUUAGCUCCAAUGGAGAGAGCAUUAUAUUUGAAGGUGAUACACCGACGAAUUCAUCUUCACGUUGCUAUUCUCAGACCCGUUGUGAAGUGGGUACGACAAAUCACAGUGUCGUGUUGAGCAGCAACUGGCGUUUCAAUCGAUCUUUUCCGUCUCCUGCGAUGUUACUGUAUAUUCAGAUGCAGUUAUGUCCACAAACGUUGCGAAGUUGGUUGAAACAUCGAAAUGAAAGGAUAAGAGUGUUAAAUAGCAUAGAUCUCGAGUUGUCGAUAUUUCGCCAAAUCGUUCAAGGAAUAAAUUAUAUUCACAACAACAAUAUUAUUCACCGCGAUAUAAAACCGGAGAACAUAUUCGUGGAUGCAACAGCGAAUCAGGUCUUAAUUGGAGACUUCGGGCUUGCAGUGCUUAACUUCACGAAUGUCCCUAAUAAUGGUGCGAUAUCAACUAAAAUUCCAGGUUUUGGAACUCGUGCUGCUACUAGAGGAGUUGGCACUCAAACGUAUGCAGCACCAGAACAACUGGCUAGUCGAGAACCGGACGCCAAGUGUGACAUUUACAGUCUUGGAAUUGUUUGUUUGGAAUUGCUCAACCCUUUUGAAACAGACAUGGAACGAUACAAAACAAUCGAAACAUUGAGAUCUCGUUCUGAAAUACCAGUUGAGAUUGUGAUUAAGUGGCCUAAUAUGGCAAAUUUAAUCGUUAAAAUGAUCUCUCGUGACCGAGCGUUACGCCCGUCUGCUGCCGAAGUCAUAUCCUAUCUCGACUCGGACCUAACAACACCCACAUUGGGGCCCCAAACUGUCCCCAAUCCUGACGAACUUUUGGCUAUCAUUGAGAAUUUGAAACGCAAAAUUGCUGAACAGGAUUCAGUUAUAAAAGCGUUAUCUAAAAAUCAAAAGUUACCUGAUUAGAACGUAAAUAAACUGUGCAAAUAAGGA